AUAAUCCCAUUCCCAUUCGACGACGCGAACGCCAAGUCGUCUUCCUUCCCUCAGACGGCGCGCUGAGCAGGAGCAGGACGCCAUCACCAUGCUCGCGACCGCGAUGCUGCCGGCCGCCACCCGCUCGAUCGAGGGGCUGCUCGUGGGCGGCGCGCACGUCGCGGCGGACGAGCUGCAGCGGCUCCGGCGGAAGCUCGACGACACGGCGAGCCUCGCGGCUGACGCCGAGGCGAGGCAGGGCAGCGACGCCAGCGCCAGGGCCUGGCUGCGGGCGCUCCGGGAAGUCCUGUACGAGCUCGGCGACGCCGACGCAGACUUCCGCCGCGCAGCCGCUCAGCCGCAGGAAGGCCGAAAAUCGUUUCGCCACUGGUUCACGUUACCACCGAAUGUCAAUGGCAUCCGUUACAAGACUUUGAGGACCAGCAUCAUCAGCCUGAAUAAGAAACUGGAUGGUAUUUUGAAUAAGGGUUCCGAACUCGGGCUUCUAUCAGACAGUCAUGAAAGCCUGAAUGGAAUUUCUGAAAUUUCUGGACAAGUCGUUCCUGAUGAUGAUGCAGUUGGCGACAUUGAUAGUGAAAAGAAUAAACUGAUUGACAGGCUCACGGACAGGCAAAGUGCUAACGGUGUUGUCGCAAUCCUCGGGGCUAGUGGAAUGGGCAAAACUACUUUGGCAUGGAAAAUACAUGAUGAUCACCGCACAAGAAAUGCUUUUAGUAUGAUUGUGUGGGUUAAUGUCUUCAGUGACUCUGAUGAUAUUGGGUUACUGUCUGCAAUUGUAACAGCCGCCGGUGGGAAUCCCAGAGGAGAAAAGGACAGGAUGAAGCUUGAGGCCAUCUUGGCUGCUAUGCUUAUAGGUAAGAGAUUCUUACUGGUGCUUGAUGGCCUGUGUGGUCAUCAUAUUUUUGAGCAUUCCCUUGAUGCUCACUGGCAUGUUUUCGGUCACGGAAACCGGAUUUUGAUCACCACUCAGGAUGAAAGUGUUGUGGCAAAAGUGAAGCCGGCCUACAUCCACCAGGUCAAGGAAUUGACAUUUCAGGAUUGUUGGUCCUUACUUUGUCGUAGUGCACAUCAUGAUGAGAGCCUUCAUGGGAACAAUUUAAGAAAUAUAGGAAUAAUGAUUAUCCAAAAGUGUAACAAGAUUCCAAUGGCUAUUAAGAUUGUAGGCGCUGUCCUAAGAACAAAGGAGCAAACCAAAGUGGCCUGGCAGAGAGUGUAUGAAAGCAAAGGAUGGUCUUUCAGGGACCUUCUAGAUCCUUUAACUGGGGCCAUUUAUUUGGGCUACCAUGAUUUACCGGCACGUUUGAAGCAAUGUCUAAUUUAUUUAUCACUGUUCCCUGAAGGCUCUGUCAUUAGGCAGCAGUUUGUUGGUCAACUGUGGGUCUCAGAGGGAUUCAUUGAGGAACAAGAUAGCUGCAAUGUUGACAACACUGCAGAUGAGUAUUACAGGGAGUUGGUAUCAAGAAAACUUAUGCAGCCUGAAAUUGCAAACCAUGACAUAACAAGAUGCACUAUGCAUAAACACAUCAGAUCAUUUUUACAGUUCUUUUCGAAAGAUGAAAUAUUCUCUGGCGACCUAAAGCCUAGUAUCAAUGGGACUUCCAUUGAAGGGCUGCGGCAUGUGUGGCUUAGAAGCAAUGGGCCAGCUACAAACUUGGAAGAAAUAGUAGCUCUAUCCAGCUUGAAGACAGUUAUUCUGUACAAGAACCCAGUGGGCAAUAAUGGCUUAGAUAAGCUGUUCCAGGGAGUCAAAUAUUUGCAAGUGUUGGACCUAGGUGAUACUGAAAUUAAGUACAUUCCGUCGACACUGGAAUUUCUAGUUCACCUUAGGCUCCUUAAUCUUUCACUGACCCGAAUUACAGAACUUCCAGAGUCCAUUGAGUGUCUCAGAAAUUUACAGUUCUUGGGUCUCCGGUACUGCAAUUGGCUACACACUCUUCCAAAAGGAAUUGGCAAGCUGCAGAAUUUGCGAAGUCUUGACCUUCGAGGAACUAGCUUACAUCAAGUCCUACCUACUUUGGAAAAUCUGAAGCUGCUCUCAACGCUACAUGGUUUCAUUGUAAAUUGCACGCCCAAUCGCGAGGAGGACCCAAGUGGAUGGCCUUUGGAAGACCUAAACUCUCUAAAUGCAUUGAGAAGUCUGCAGAUACUGAAGAUGGAAAGAGUCUCAGAUGGUUUGAGGAUGCAGAAAGCGAUGCUGGAGAACAAGUCUCAUCUUAAGGAGCUUGAACUAUGCUGUACCACUGAUGAUAGACAAGCUGAAGUACGGGAGGAGGAUGCUAGAACACUAAAAGAAACAUUUGAUCGCUUUUCUCCUCCAAAAUGUUUGAAUUCCCUUAAAAUGGUGAGCUACUAUGCGAAACUUUGCCCUGAUUGGUUACCUCAUCUCUCAAACCUACAGAGGCUUGUUAUUACUGAUUGCAAAUUCUGUGAGCAUCUGCCGGAUCUGGGCCAGCUAGCUCAACUAAAGUUCCUUACCAUAGCCGGUUUUUCCAAGUUACUUACCAUUGAGCAAGAACCAACAAGUGCCAAGCAGUCAUUUCCUAAACUAGAGCAGUUGUACCUUAAAGAUAUGCAGAUUCUUGAAUCAUGGACAGGAUUUGAAUCUGGUGAUAUGCCAUCCCUUGUGAAAUUUCGUCUGGAGAGUUGUCCCAAGUUGAGGUGCCUCCCCUCUGGUAUCAAGUACUCCAAAGUCCUGACAAGCAUGCACAUAUACCAUGCUGAUAGUUUGGAAGCCAUUGAAGACUUGACUGUGCUCAAAGAAUUGGUUCUCCAGGCAUGCGAUGAACUUAUGGAAAUCUCAAAUCUCUUAUUACUUGAAGCUCUAAUUGUCAUGGGUUGCUCUAGAUUGGAGGAUAUGAAUGGAGUUCACUAUCUAAAGCAUGUCCGCAUCGAAGAUAGAGAAUUAAGAAGAUGUCCAGAAUGGUUGAGAAGUCAUGCCUCAGUGCUGCAAACUUUCACUAUUGUUGGCACAAAAGAGCUACUUGAAAGACUACUCCCCAAUGGAGAAGACUGGGGAAUCAUCAGUGACAUCAAUAAAGUUUAUGCAAACUUACCUGAUGAAUCUCCAUUCUUCACUUAUACAAAGGAUACUGCUGAGUUCCAUGUUGAUCAAAGAAUCAUGGAACAUGGCAGGCCACCUGUUGCAAUAGCAGAUGAAAUUGCGCAGGCAGAUCUGACCACUGCACUUGGUAAUUCUGUUGAAAUGACCUCUCGAAUUGGGGUGUCUAGAGUACCUGUCAUCCGAAUAUCCACGUUCAAGAGGGUUAUAAGACAAUACCUUGUUCUCUACCUUGUGAUGGUUCUGAUUGUUAUGCAGGUGCUUUCCUAUUGGCUGCAGAAUAAGACGACCAGAGAGAUUUGGCUCAUCCAGACCCUCUUCAUCUUCUUUGCAACAAUCCUCUUGUUGUUUCUUGUAUUUCUUGACUGACGGUAUUGUUCUGUCAGAAUUAGGACCAGAUGAAGCAGAACAGAUGAAAUCAAGGCAUGACUGAUCUUGAAAAUAGUUGAGACUCUUCACGCCAUUGUAUAUGCUCUUUACAUGGCAUGACAGAAUUUGGUGAAAUGUUCUGCUGUUGCUACUUAAUGGUGUAUUGAAGAGGACACAGAUAUGAUCGGGUUAAUUGAGGCAUUCUUAUGUAAUUGGACUUGUUGCAACA